AUGUAUCCGAGAAAGCGGCAAAGGCGCAGACUGUCAAGAAUUCUACCAAAUAUUGGGGGACCAGGUCAUGACAAAAGACUGCUCCUUAGUCGAGUAGUAAGCUCCAUAAUGCUGUAUGCUUCACCUAUUUGGGCAAAAUCACUGUCUAUAGCUGAAAAUAGAAAGAAGAUAACAAAGACUUACAGAAUAAGUGCACUAAGAACGAUAAGCGCCUUCUGCACGGUGUCGGAUGAAGCAGCCUUUGUUAUAGCUGGUGUAGUGCCCAUUGAUAUAUUGGCAGAUGAAAUGCGAAGAAUAUUCAGCAAAAGGCAGGAAAUCUGUGAACAACAUAACUCUAUCCAAGUUAAAGGGAAUGAGAAAAAAAUUUCAGUAGCUGUAUGGCAGAACAGAUAG